UUUGAACUCCACGUUUCAAAGGUGCCAUGUCUUUGGAGGAGGAACAGAAGGAAAACAUCGCAUCAGACAUAUGCAAGGUGUGCCGUCCCCCCCUCCUAUCAUCAUCACCAUCAUCGCACCCAACUCCACUCCUUCCACGCUCCCUCCCACGACCGUCCCACCUACGACCGUCCCACCUACGACCGUCCCUCCUGCGACCAUCCCACCUACGACCGUCCCCCCUUCAGCCGUCCUUCCUUCGAGCGUCCUUCCUUCGAGCGUCCUUCCUUCGAGCGUCCUUCCGUCGACCGUCCUUCCUUCGACCGUCCCUCCUUCAAGCUUCCCUCGCACGAGCGCCCCAUCUACGAGCGCCCCUCACAAGACCGUCCACCCCAGGACCGCUGGAACCCCCAUCUCCGUGUGAACACCGGAAAUCAGAUCUACAUGUUGGACCAGGAGGAGGUACACCCUUUGCUGAUGCGCGAGAGGCGCUCAGAGUCUCACAGGAACAAGCUACUGCGGCGGACAGUCAGCGUUCCUGUUGAGGGCAGACACCAUCCCGAGAUGGAUCAUCGCGCCCGGCGGAAGAGCAUAGCCACUGGGAAGCAGCCCAGCAUGGAGGUCCCUCCCACUGCCCCAAUUCAACCCUUCCGACAAUCCAGUUUCCUCAGUAGAAGGUUGAAGGGCUCGAUCAAGAGGGCUAAGAGCCAGCCCAAACUGGACCGAACCAGCAGUUUCCGCCACAUGAUCCUCCCCCGCUUCCGCAGUGCCGACCAAGACAGGACCCGUUUGAUGCAGAGCUUCAAAGAGUCCCACUCCCAUGAGUCCUUGCUGUCUCCCAGCAGCGCCGCCGAGGCCCUGGACCUCACUCUGGACGAGGACGCCAUCAUCAAACCUGUCCACUCGAGCAUCCUGGGACAAGAGUACUGCUUUGAGGUGACUACGGCAUCGGGAACCAAGUGCUUUGCGUGUCGCUCAGCUGCAGAGAGAGACAAAUGGAUCGAGAACCUGCAGAGAGCUGUCAAGCCCAACAAGGACAACAGCCGGAGGGUGGACAAUGUGCUCAAACUGUGGAUCAUCGAGGCCCGUGAGCUUCCAGCCAAGAAGCGCUACUACUGCGAACUCUGUCUGGACGACAUGCUGUACGCACGCACCACCAGCAAGCCCCGCACAGACACCGUUUUCUGGGGCGAGCACUUUGAAUUCAACAACCUGCCAGCCGUCCGCAACCUACGCCUUCAUCUAUACAAGGAGACGGACAAGAAGAGACGCAAGGAAAAGAGCACAUACUUAGGGCUUGUGAGCAUCCCCAUCUCGAGCAUCACUGGACGUCAGUUUGUGGAGCAGUGGUACCCGGUCAUCCAGCCCAGCGUCCUCACCAAGGGAGCUGGUGGUGGGGGGAAGAUCAUCAACGCAUCCCUACGCCUCAAAUCCCGCUUCCAGACCAUGAACAUCCUGCCCAUGGAGCUGUACAAGGAGUUUGCAGAGUACGUCACCAAUAACUACCGCACCCUGUGUGCUGUGCUGGAGCCCGUGCUGAGUGUCAAGAGCAAAGAGGAAGUGGCCUGUGCACUGGUGCAUAUACUGCAGAGCACUGGGAAAGCUAAGGACUUCCUGUCAGACAUGGCGAUGUGCGAGGUAGACAGAUUCAUCGACCGAGAACACCUUAUAUUCAGAGAGAACACUCUGGCCACCAAAGCCAUAGAAGAGUACCUCAAACUGAUCGGACAUAAGUACCUCAAGGAUGCUAUAGGGGAGUUCAUAAGGGCCUUGUAUGAGUCAGAGGAAAAUUGCGAAGUGGACCCCAUGAGAACACCCCCCUCUGUGCUCCCAGACCACCAAGCCAAUCUCCGAAUGUGCUGUGAACUAGCACUCUGCAAGAUCGUUAACUCCCAUUGUGUUUUCCCUCGAGAGCUAAAGGAAGUCUUUGCCUCCUGGAGAGUGCGCUGUGCUGAGAGAGGUCGAGAAGACAUCGCCGACCGUCUCAUCAGCGGUUCCCUCUUCCUGCGCUUCCUGUGUCCUGCCAUCAUGUCCCCAUCGCUCUUCAACCUCACCCAGGAGUAUCCUGAUGAGCAGACGUCACGCACACUGACCCUCAUCGCCAAAGUAGUGCAAAACCUGGCUAACUUCUCCAAGUUUGGCAAUAAAGAGGAGUACAUGUGUUUCAUGAAUGAGUUUUUAGAGAUGGAGUGGGGCUCCAUGCAGCAGUUCCUGUACGAGAUCUCCAACCUUGAUAGUGUCAGCAAUGCAGGUGGCUUCGAGGGAUACAUCGACCUGGGCAGGGAGCUGUCCAUACUCCACAGCCUCCUCUGGGAGGUCAUUGCUCAGCUCAGCAAGGAUGCCAUCAUCAAACUGGGUCCUUUGCCUCGCCUCCUGAAUGACAUCAGUAUGGCCUUGCGUAACCCCCACCUCCAGAGGCAGCCCAGCCAUCAGACAGACAGGGUGCAGGAGAGGCAGACAGACAGGCUGCUGUUGCGGCCGAGCUUCAACAGGGGAAUCUCGUCCGAGUUCCAAAAUCUCAUGAUGAGGGAUCUUAAUAGCUCUAUAGAUAUCACUCGCUUGCCUUCCCCCACCUCCACCGGAGGGGUCAUGCCAUCCCGCGCCCAGUUGAGUUUCCAGGACCGUGACCACCCCCAUCGAGCGUCCUCCAAAGAAAUGUUUUACGUAUCGCGCCCUCCCUUGGCCCGAUCCAGCCCGGCAUACUGCACAAGCAGCUCGGACAUCACGGAACCAGACCCUAAGGAUUCCCGAAUGAACAGCGUGUCUAACCUGCAGUCGGUGGACAUGCUCAACUCCUCCCAGGCCUCCAUCGCCGGCAUGGGCAGCUUCGGAGGGCUGAGCAGCGGAGGCGGUGGCGGCCUGGGGUCGGGCCUGAGCAGCCAGCUGCGGGCCGGUGGGAGGUUGUCAGCUGGCUCUGGCGGCUCCAGCAUGUCGGGCGGCCUUCGGCUGAGCCAGCUGAGCCAGAUGGGCACCACCACCGACUCGCUAUCCCAGCAGCAGCAACAGCAGGCCGCCGCCAUGCGCUACCCGCUUUCCUUCCAGAAUCCCCUCUUUCAUCUGGCGACCGCUGAUGGGCCUCAACAGCAACAGCUCCACCACCAGCACAGCCGGGCCCAACCUCCAGCACCCCUGCUCCUGACCCCAGAGCCCGAUCCCUCUCACCCGACCUACAUGCCACAGUUCGCCCACGGGGGGUUCUCUCGCAGUGAGGACCUGUCCACCCUCAGGACCAGGGACGGUCACCUGGGCCAACCCAGCAUCAUCCACUCUCACAGCUACAGCGACGACUACAGCAGGGCUGAAUAUGGACGCAGGCAGAUGUCCAUGCAUGUGCAGGAUAACCUCCAACAGCAACAACAAAUGAUGGGCUUGACCUCGCAGACAGGAACCUCCCACUCCUCUCUGGCCACCACCCCUCCCACCACAGUCCAACCCGUGCGCCAGAGCUCAGUUGCCCCGCCUCCCUCCCAGCGUGUCAAGUCCCAGACCUCCCAUCAGCUGUCCGUCAGUGCGGCCGCUGCACCUGCUGCUCUGGCUAAAACGCGACCGCCUAGUGGGAAUCUCCUCCAGUCGCCGGAGUCCGGCUACGGCGGCAGGCAGCAUGGGCCCCGGCAGCUGUCCGUCAAAGACAACACUGCCCCGGGCCUGCCCCACCAGCAGAGCUCUGUCAGGGAAAGCCAGAGUCCACAGGGAACCACCAGUCAGAGCAAUCAACAGUCACCACAGCAACAGGCGCCGCAACAGCAGCAGCAUCUUCUCAAACCCACCAUGAGCAAACAGGGCUCCCAGACUCCAUCUACCCUCAACCCUCCAACCCCAGCCAAUGAGCGAACAGUGGCCUGGGUCUCCAACAUGCCUCAUCUGUCGGCCGACAUUGAAAGUUCUCGGAUCGACCGGGAGGAGUUCAAACUGAAGGAGUACUCAAAGAGCAUGGAUGAGUCACGCAUGGACAGGGUAAAGGAGUACGAGGAGGAGAUCAACUCCCUGAAGGACCGCCUGGUGAUGUCCCACAAAAAGCUGGAGGAGUACGAGCGGAGGCUCCUCACGCAGGAGCAGCAGACCAAUAAGAUCCUCCUUCAGUACCAGAAUCGACUCGACGACAGCGAGAGGAAGCUACGGCUACAGCAAGUGGAGAAAGACUCCCAAAUUAAAGGAAUAAUUAGCAGACUCAUGGCUGUGGAGGAUGAGUUAAGGGGAGGACCCGUGAUUGAGCCAAAAACCAGGAUUUUCCCUGAUCAGGAGACCCAGCUUUCCUCCCUGGGUUCUGCAGACCCCGGUGUGAAAACUGAAGGUGGAGGGGGAGGUGGUGGAGGCGGAGGAGGAGGAGGAGGACAAGGAGGAGGAGCGGUAACCAACCAUCAAGGCCUCAGAGCCCCUUCCUCGGGCAUUUCCUCCGACAGCUCGCCCCACAAUGGAGUCCUCCCCCAAACUGUAGACCCUCCCUCUCUACCCACUCCUCAUCAACAUCCUAGUCAGAAUGGAGAGCUCCGUGGCAACCAAACAUCCUCCCCCAUGACAACCUCACAGGCAACAGGAACCACGGCAACAGCAACUACAGGCAUAGCAGAAGAAGGGGGAGUAGGUCAAACACAACACUGA